UUUCUAGAUUCUACCAUAACAGCCAGGUCCUGUACACCGUAAGGGCUAUCAGCAUGGCCGGGGUGCGGGUUGCAGUAGUCACAGGGGGCAAUAAAGGGCUCGGGCUGGCUAUAGUCAGAGCCCUCUGCAAACAAUUCCAGGGAGACGUGUAUCUGACAGCCAGGAACCCCAAGCUUGGAGAAGAAGCCGUCAAGACCCUGAAUGAGGAGGGGUUGUCCCCGCUCUUCCAUCAGCUGGACAUAAAUGACCUGACCAGUAUCCGGGCUCUUCGGGAUUUCCUGAAGAAGAAGUAUGGCGGGCUGGAUGUGCUUGUUAAUAAUGCUGGAAUCGCGUUUAAAGCCGCUGACACGACCCCAUUUGGAACCCAAGCUGAAGUCAUUUUGAAAACCAACUUUUUUGGCACUAGGGACGUUUGCAAUGAAUUACUGCCGCUCAUUAGACCAAAUGGAAGAGUGGUCAAUGUGUCCAGUAUUUUCAGCCACACAUCCCUUCCAAAGUGCAGCCCUGAACUUCAGGAGAAGUUCCGCAGCGACACGAUCACAGAGGAUGAGCUGGUGAAGCUGAUGGAGAAGUUUGUAGAAGAUGCCACGAACGGAGUCCAUGAAGAAAGGGGCUGGCCAAACUUCGCCUAUGGGGUGUCCAAAAUUGGGGUAACAGUGUUGUCCAGAAUUCAAGCACGACAAUUAAAGGAGACCAGGAAGGGAGAGGGCAUUAUACUCAAUUCCUGCUGCCCAGGGUGGGUGAGGACUGAUAUGGCAGGUCCAAAAGCCACCAAGUCCCCAGAUGAAGGUGCUGUUACCCCAGUAUAUUUGGCUCUCCUCCCAACUUCAGCGGAUUCACCCUAUGGGGAGCUGGUCAGUGAUAAGAAAAUUUUGCCUUGGUAACAGCACAUAGAAAGAUAGAAGGGGUUGUCCCAUUAAAAAUAUUCUACGGUUUUCAAACCAGCAUCUGGAUCUGAAUACUUUUGUAAUUACAUAAAAAUUUAUAUUUAGCAUAGCCACUGAGUAAUUCAAUAGAAUGUACCUGU